UAGGGUUGGGUGGUAAUUUAUCAGAAAGAGACAACGGAAGGGUCUUCGCCGCCUUGGCUUUUCUAAGUAUUUUGCCCAUUCAAAGGAUUCUUUUUUUUUUUUUUUUCUUAUGGGUACUGAGGAAAUUUUGGAACUUUUUUUUUUUGGGUUUUGUAAUUUUAUGAAUAAACGCACUCCGCUGAUCAACGGCAACCCUUCACUCAUUCCCCCCGCCUUGUCUUCCUUCGUACUAUUAUCCCUCAACUUCUGGGAACUGGAUUUUCCGGGAAAAUUAUAACCGAAAGGAGAGAACUUUGAUUCGGGUUUCGAUUCUCUUCUCCUGGGAAGAUUCAGUGUGGUUAUAAUUUUAGUGGGCUUUGCUCCCUUUGCUUCUGGGUUAGCUUUUAGCUCGGAAGUCUUCGAAUUUCCUCAUCCAAUUAUUUUUCGGCUAAGAAAAUUUGCCCAUCUUGUUUUCCCUGAGCUGAUUUGGUCCUUCUCAUUACAAAUCGAUAAACGUUGGUGUCUGUUCUCGAUCUGGGUUCAGAUUCAGCGAUUUUCCUGUCGGUUUCUUUCCCCGGGAUUCGUCUCUUGUAUUGAAUCCGAGGAGCUUUGAUUGGAGACCUGCUGUUUGUGAUUCGCUUGCUGAUUGUGUGAUUUGUAUUCGUUGUCCAUCGGAUCCGGUGGUAGCUUUGUCAAUGGGCGCUUUAGAUGAAGGGCAUUUCAAUCUGGAGCUGGAGAAUGAUGGGAAGAAUGGAUCCAUGGAGGUUGCUUUCGAGCACCAACCAGAGACCUUAUCGAUUCAAGAAGCAGUGAGAGUUCUCUUGCAAGGAUUGGGUGAAGAUAUCAACAGGGAAGGCAUUAAAAAGACCCCUUUUCGUGUUGCCAAAGCGCUUCGAGAAGGAACCAGAGGUUACAAAUUAAAGGUGAAAGACUUUGUACAGAGUGCUCUGUUUCCUGAAGCAGGGUUGGAUGAAGGAGUUGGGCAAGCAGGUGGAGUGGGGGGUCUUGUUGUUGUCCGAGACCUCGACCACUACUCUUAUUGUGAAUCUUGCUUGCUUCCUUUCCAAGUCAGGUGUCACGUAGGUUAUGUUCCUUCUGGCCAACGGGUUCUUGGACUGAGCAAGUUCUCUAGGGUUGCUGAUGUUUUCGCUAAGCGGCUUCAAGAUCCACAGCAUCUGGCUGAUGAUAUAUGUUCGGCUCUUCAACAGUGGGUCAAACCAUCCGGAGUUGCUGUUGUUCUCCAAUGUUCUCACAUCCACUUCCCGAGUUUGGAAAUGAACUUUCUCGCCUCUAGCCACCAUGGUUUUGUGAAGUUAUUGGUUUCCUCGGGUUCUGGAGCCUUUGAGGAUGAAAGGUCUGAUCUUUGGGGUGAAUUCUUGUCUCUUUUGAGGUUCAAAGGGGUCAAAACUCAUAACUUGUGUAGAAACGGUUCUGUAAAAGAAUGGUGCCCGAGUGUUAAAAGCUCCUCCAAAUUCUCACCCGCCGACCCAGAAAUGGUUUCUGCUGUCAAUUCUAUUCUGAAAUCGUUGGGCGAGGAUCCAUCAAGGAAAGAACUCGUAGGAACGCCCACUCGUUUCUUGAAAUGGAUGAUGAACUUCCAGAACGCCAACCUUGAGAUGAAGCUGGGUGGCUUCGGAUAUGACAAAACCGAUACCAAAUCCAAUGGCGAGAUCGAGGAGACACUUCACUGCGAACGGAAUCUACCCUUCUGGUCAAUGUGUGAGCAUCAUUUGCUUCCAUUUUAUGGAGUUGUUCACAUUGGUUACUUCUGCUCUGAUGGUUACAACCCCAUGGGGAAAUCACUUGUACAGUCAGUAGUACAUUUUUUCGGGUUCAAACUUCAAGUUCAAGAGAGGAUGACCCGGCAAAUCGCUGAGACAUUAUCGCCACUAGUUGGAGGGGAUAUAAUAGUGGUGGCGGAAGCAGGGCAUACUUGUAUGAUCUCUAGGGGGAUCGAGAAAUUUGGAAGCAGCACAGCUACAAUUGCAGUUCUUGGUCGGUUUUCCACUGACAUCUCUGCAAGAACUAAGUUUCUUGACAGCAUCCAGAAUUCUUCCUGAUAGCCAGAGGACGUUUUCUGAAUCCAGUUUCGGGUUUUGCCCCCCCCCCCAUUCCGCUAAACAUGAACAUGAACAGGGUUCUGAUGUGGAAUCUGGCAAAGAAUCAAAAGGAUUGGAAGACAAGACAACAGGGCUCUGUUGUAUGUUGUGUUUUUAUGAUUCUCUGAUUGUUUCUAUCCCUGACAGCACUUUGAAGGGAUGUCCUGAGCUUUUUCCCAGAAAUCAAUCAAUCGUUCUUGUUUUGAUUUU